CAAACACUAACUCACACACGUCUCUUUCAAAAUCCUUCCAUCUCUUUUUCUUCAUUUUCUUCUCUUUCUUUUUUGUCUAGUUUUUUGUUCUGUUCCCAUCGAAUGAGCCACGUAAAACACAUCCACAAAGGGUCACUGGAGAGGUUUUUGGAUCUCCUCUUGAUCGCUCUCGUUGUUUUGAUGACUCUUAAAGGCGGCACGAGUGGGGCCUGUGCCGCAUGCAAAUACCAACGUAGACGCUGCGCCGCGGACUGCCCCCUCGCGCCUUACUUCCCCGCUGAACAGCCAAAACUGUUCCAAAACGUUCACAGGCUAUUCGGCGUUAGAAGCAUCGUCAAAAUCCUCGAAAGACUCGACGAAACUCAAAGACCCGAAGCUAUGAAAUCUAUCAUCUUCCAGUCUUAUGUCCGUGACCGCUCCCCUGUCCACGGUUGCCUAGGCGUCACGCAACAGCUUCAAUACAUGAUUUGGCUCGCUGAAGAAGAACUCAAAGCUGUCAAUGCACAGCUACAACUCUAUCGCUCUCAAAACGACGGUCAAAACCAGCAAAAUCAUAAUCAGAUGAUGAUUAAUGAGCUUGGUGUUGGUGUUGAUAAUAAGCAGCAACAGGAUGAUGUAACAUCGCAGCUAGAUUUAGGAAUGGGACUUAACGUUAACAAUAACCAAAGCAAUGUGGUAGCCCCAUUCUUUAGUCCGUUGCCAGUAUCUGAAACACAACAGCCUCAAAUGUCUUACACUUAUAGUUGUAGUGAGGUCAACAACAAUGGCUAUAGUCCUCCAGCUUAUAAUACGGAUUCGGGAAAGGAGAUUAUGACAAACAAUAAUAAUGUUUGGGGUGUUCACAAUCGAUUUCUGUAUAACGACAACAACGGAGGAGGGUUCAACAAUCAAAACGAGAGCUGCCACGAGAUGAAGAGCAAUAACGGUGUAAUGGGGAUACAAUCACAGCUCGUUAAUCUGCAAAUGGCAUCAAAUCAUCAGCAACAAGAAGACGAAGAUGAUCCUCAUGAGUACGAUGAAAUCCAUCAGUUUCUUGAAAUCAUCGACGAUAGGCAAUCAUUUGCGGAUUCUAAAGAAGCGUAUGCCUCAAGCUCUGGUGAAACGUUGAAGGAACAGAUUGAUGAAAUUGGAGAGAAUGAAUUAAGAAGUGCAGCUACUUGCUUCAGUCUAACCAGUGUGAAUUGAAUUGAUUUAUCAAUUCAUGAUCUUUUUUAUUACGUUUUUUUUCCACGUCGUCUCUGAAGUUUUGUUACUUUUUUGUUGACAUUUUCUUUUCUUCUUAUUUUUAUUAA